GGCAGACGACAUACAUUUGACGCAAAACGAAGGCAUUGAGGCCGAAUGUUGCUUUGGUGUUAAGGGUGAGAGAGAUAGAGCAACGGUGGUGAAAGAAAGAAGGCAUGAAGAAGGAGGAGAAUUGGGGAAGACAUUCAGGCAUGUAAUGGGUGGGACAUUAGGUCAGUAUUUUGGGGAUAAUUUUCGGUAUGGAAAGGAGAUGAUCUCUAUCUCGAUGGGGAGAGAGACGAGUGAUGGGGGAGAUUGUGUGAGAUUUGGGGAGAGAGAGAUGACAGAGAGACUAGGCAAAGAUUGGGGGAGGAGGGACUCAGUGUCCGUGAAAUGGGGCGACAGAAAGAGACACAGAGUAAGGGGAUUACUUACCAAUUGA